UGUUGCCGACACGUAACCACAAUUUCACCCAACACCGACCCUCUUUUUCAUGAUGUUUACAAGGAGAAUGAUACGACUCUUCUUUGCUUUUAGAUGCAUCACCAUUACAAAAAUUGUCUUAAUUAUCAUAUAUAUAUUAUUGACACACGAAGAGAGAGAUAUGUGUAAGAGACUAAUUUGGCGUUGCCCACCAACCUAACUUCCCUUCUACUUCAUCAACAACUCGUGUCCACUUUCUCACACUAACUUUGGUUCAAGAUUAUAAUUAUAAACACGCCUCCCGCGUGAAUAGACACAACGCAACCAUCAUAAAAACAUCAUAAGAAGAAGAACUCUUCUGGUUUCACUCCCGAUUUGGAAUGGAGAAGAAGGCCAAUCAUGGAGAUGAUGGGCAUGAGAGUGUUCCUCCUAUCCAUAGCCAAGUCGUAAAGAUCAAAAGGGAGUUUGAGAAGAUACAACACCCGUCACUAAAGCAGCCUGAGAUGCCGUUGGUGCUCCGUGAGAUCAUGGGUCCACGGCGUUCCCGUUCUCCCCUCGGUUUAGGAGAGCGAGAGAGAUCCAUCCCCGUUGGGAAUUGAUAACAAAAAGAGAGAGAUAGAGAUAGGUGAUCCUCUGUGUAUUGGGGUUUCUCUUUAUCUUUCAAUGUAAAUAUCUUUGGUUAAUAUGAUGAGUCUUCUGUUUAAUAUCCUCAAA